AUGAAGACAAACAAGGCCAGCACUCUCAUAUUCCAGGAUGCUAUGGAACUUCGACAACAUGUCAUUGAAGAAGCAGACCGAUAUGAGGAAGCGAUGGGAGAGGUGCAAAAGACCAUGAAAGAGGUCGAGGAGAACAACGAAAAGAUCCAAGACCUGACCGAAAAGGCCGAUGAAUCGGAGCUUGCAUUGUUACGAGUUGAAGAGAAGCUAGCCCAUAUGCGAAAGCAAAGCAAGACAAAAAUGGAAGCAGCUCAAGACCGUCUUGAAAUGGCCAAGGAGCAACCUGUUUAA